UGAGAUGGCGAUGAAGUAUGUGUCUGCGUAAAUGAGGUGUUAGUGUGAUACAAGGUGUGAAAAAAAAAAACAGAUAACCUGGAAAAUUGCCUGUGCACAGCAAGCGAUGGCACAUUCAGCUCUGCUUUCAAAGAUGAAACUCUGGUGUGGGAGUUAAUUCCACCAUAUUCUUUCACCUUUCAGAUUGGUGAGGAGCGGUACGUGAUUGCGGUAAAUGCACCCACAGUACGAAGUGUUCGCCCCCCAAAGUACUUCAUGGUAGGCUUUCCUGCUUAUGUGCACAUUGAGCUGGAGAAUUGCAGCCUGUGUGACUGGAAACUGGCCUGGUACAUGAGUGUCAUGAAGGGCGAAAAGCCACCUAGCCAUGAAAUGCGUAGAGUAAACAACAAGCUAUUUGUGAACACGCACCAAAGUGCUUCAUUCCUUACGCCAGUUGCUUCGGACAUUGGACGUCAUGUGCUUCUGAUACUGACACCUUGCACCGGGCCGGGCAUGCCAGUUGAAGUGGUUUCGACCACUAUUGUUGAGGCUGGCCCUGGUUCAUGUCCGUUUGAAGUGAGGCAGUAUUUCACGCCUUUUUUCACUGCACCAGGAAGGUUCCGAUGUAUUUCUUAUAACCUCCUUGCUGAUGUGUAUGCUGACACCAAGUUCACAAGGUCUGAACUAUUUCCAUAUUGUGCAGCGCAUGCCCUCGACUUAAGCUACAGGAAGCAGCUGCUUGUAAAAGAGCUACUGGGUUACAAGGGAGACCUCGUGUGCCUUCAAGAAGUUGAUCGCAGAGUUUUUCAACAAGACCUAGAGCCUAUACUUGGGGAUCAUGGCUUUGGUGGCUACUACACAAAAAAGUGUAGCCGUAUGGCAGAAGGGGUGGCUUGUUUCUACAGGUUAUCAAAAUUCAGGUUCCGAUGUAUUUCUUAUAACCUCCUUGCUGAUGUGUAUGCUGACACCAAGUUCACAAGGUCUGAACUAUUUCCAUAUUGUGCAGCGCAUGCCCUCGACUUAAGCUACAGGAAGCAGCUGCUUGUAAAAGAGCUACUGGGUUACAAGGGAGACCUCGUGUGCCUUCAAGAAGUUGAUCGCAGAGUUUUUCAACAAGACCUAGAGCCUAUACUUGGGGAUCAUGGCUUUGGUGGCUACUACACAGAAAAGUGUAGCCCUAUGGCAGAAGGGGUGGCUUGUUUCUACAGAUUAUCAAAAUUCAGGGCACUUCAUGAGCGCAGUAUUGUACUGGCCACAGAAAUGACACAGGAGCCAGUAUUGUCUGACAUUUUGGCCAGCAUCAACAAAAACGAGCAACUGAGGGACCGAAUCUUAAGUCUUCCAACAGCACUCCAGAUUUUACUCCUGGAGCCUUUGGAAAUGCCUGGAAGGCUGCUUUUGGUGGCCAACACGCACCUUUACUACCACCCAGAUUCUGACCACAUCAGGCUGCUCCAGGCUUACUGCUGUAUAAGAUUAGUUGAGUGGUUGCAAGGGAAAUAUACAGAAGAGUACGGUGUUGUACCAGCUGUCAUCUUUGCUGGAGACUUCAACAGUUGUCCUGCGUAUGGAGUGUACCAGCUUAUGACUUGUGGAUAUGUACCACCAGAUAGCAGAGACUGGUGCAGCAAUGUUGAAGAGGCUGUGGUGGGCCUGGAGGCAAAGCAGCAGAUUCUUUUGGCAAGUGCGUGCGGCAUUCCUGCCUACACCAACUACACAAAAGGCUUUCAGGGCUGCUUGGACUACAUUUUCUACGACUACAUGCAGCUAGUUCGGGAGCAUGUAGUACCUAUGCCAACUCAUGAACAGUUGACCCUGCAUGUUGAUGGUACGGUUGUACCCAGUGCAAGACCUCUUCAAAACUUGCAAGAUUUUGCAAGUCCUCCAAGUAAUGGUUAAUCACAGCUGAUACUUGCAAGUUUCAGAUUAAAACCAAGGCGUGCUGGAAUAUGGCUGUUGCAUGGCUAAAGUUGAGGCACAUAUGGUGUUAGCCAUGGAAUAUUGGUUGGCAAUAAAUUAGUUUGCAUAAAAAUGUGGGUUUCAGAUGUCAGAUUCGUGCUUACAAAAGAUGCAGUGAAGACAAAUAUUAAAGCAUGCUAAAGUGACAAAACUUCAAAUCAUCAAUUUUAGCAAAAACAGUGAUUUCGACAAGGAAAAAGGAUUUUCAGUUUCAGCUCCUAGUUGACUUGAAGCUCUAAUGAGAGUGAUAACAAGGCAUAGUUUUGCACUCCUCAGAUCUAAAUUGUACAUGGACAGGUCAUAUUGGCGUAAUGGACAAUGUGAGACAACUGUUGCUGUGUAGUAGAAGAGGCGCUUGGCUGAUAAUCGGCAUCUUACAACACAAGAAUGCAGACUGUUAAAUUACGUAUCUUGUCUUGAUGAUGCAUGAAAUGAGAGCGAUAACAAGUGCUUAAUAAAAGGAUUAAAUAGCUUGACAUCCACAAUGCUCAUGCUAGAUAUAGAAGGCAGAAGGCUUCAGUGAUUGUGAUUUUUGCAGUUAAUAAACUGUGGAUCUCUUACCAUC